GGUCGGAAAAAAAGACCAGCAACAUUGAUCUAAUAACGUUUACAUUUUAACCUUUGUUUGGGCUGAACUUCGUGCGCAGGAUGUGAGUGUUACACUGAGUUUUUUUUCGCGGAACACUUGGGGAAUUUAACCCAGCGGAGGAGCGCCAUGGACGGGAUAACCGGAGCGAUAGUGCCCCUGUGACGGUCCGGUAAUAAUACUUCGACAGGGAGCUUUACUGGGUCUGUUUUAUCCAAUUUGACAGUGAAUGCAUCACAGGGUUCUGCUUCCCGCCACCGCGACUGGAUUUUACCUUCAGGAGCUUUCUAUAUUUACUUAUUAAUUAAGAGUUUAUGGAUAUUUUCCAGCUUCACUGUGAAUAAAUCGACGUCAACAACAUGUAUGCUGUACGGAAAAGAAGAAAACCGGCUCAGAAGGGAGUCAAACCGGCCCCAGCUGAAGGUGCCAAGUCCAACCCGUCCAAACGGCACCGGGACCGCCUGAACUCGGAGCUGGACCGCCUGGCCAGCCUGCUCCCCUUCCCGGAGGACGUCAUCUCCAGCAUGGACAAACUGUCCAUCCUCAGGCUCAGCGUCAGCUUCCUGCGCACCAAGAACUUCUUCUCUGUAACUCUGAAGAACCAGCUGAAGAAGAGUAGUGACCCCAGUGAUGAGGGCAGAGCGUCUGAUGGGCACGUACCUGAGGGGGAGCUGCUGCUGCAGGCCCUGAAUGGCUUCGUGUUGGUGGUGACGGCGGAGGGAACCGUCUUCUUCUGCUCUCACACCAUCACGGAUUACCUCGGCUUCCAUCAGACUGACGUGAUGCACCAGAGUGUGUUUGAGCUGAUCCACACUGAAGACCAGCAGGAGUUCAGGAGCAACCUGCACUGGGCCCUCAACCCCCCCAACAGCCACGGGACCCCCACAGACCCCUCAGCAGAUGGCGAGUCGGGGUCCUCCUCUUCCUGUCUGGUGAGCUACAACCCCGAGCAGCUUCCUCCUGAAAACUCCUCGUUCCUGGAGAGAGGAUUCGUCGUCCGCUUCCGCUGUUUGUUGGACAACUCCUCCGGAUUCCUGGCGUUGAACAUCCAGGGUCGCCUGAAGUUCCUCCACGGUCAGAGCCGUACGCACGGCGACGGCGAGGGCAGCAGCCCCCCUCAGCUCGCCCUGUUUGCCAUCGCCACGCCCCUCCAGACCCCCGCCAUCCUGGAGAUCAGGACCAGGAACAUGAUCUUCAGGACCAAACACAAGCUGGACUUCACUCCCAUGGCCUGCGACGCCAAGGGUAAAAUCGUCCUGGGCUACACCGAGGCGGAGCUGAGAGUUCGAGGGUCUGGUUAUCAGUUCAUUCACGCCGCGGACAUGCUGUACUGCGCCGAAAACCACGUCAGGAUGAUGAAGACGGGCGAGAGCGGCCUCACCGUCUUCAGGCUGCUCACCAAGGAGAACCACUGGAAGUGGGUGCAGGCCAACGCCCGGCUCGUGUACAAGAGCGGGAAGCCGGACUACAUCAUCGCCACGCAGAGGCCCCUGGUGGAGGAGGAAGGCGGGGAGCACCUGAGGAAGCGCUCCAUGCACCUGCCCUUCACCUUCGCCACGGGUGAGGCGAUGCUCUACCAGACGGGAUACCCUCUGCACGGCUUCCCCGACGCCUUCCAGAGCAAAGCCAGAGGCAGCAAGUCCAAGAAGGGCAAGCUGGACAAGAGCGCCUCAGAGGACCAGGACCCCAGGGGGCUGCUGGGAGCGCUGAUGAGCCAGGACGAGUCGGUGUACGUGUGCCAGCCGGACCCGGAGCCUAGGAUGUCAUGCCACAGCGGGCUUUUCAGCGAGCAGCAGGACGGCGAGGGUUUUGGAGGCUUGUUGGGUGGAGACAGCUGGCGCCUCACCUCUAACGUGGAGAUGGGGGGAGGGAACACUUUAGGAUACGACCCGCUGCUGGCCACUUUGGACUCUCUGUCUAUAGACGGGGAGGAAACGUGCUCCAACAGCGAGCUCUUCAGCGCGUUGGAGAACCUGGGCCUGAAUGCCGAGGACCUGGAGCUACUGCUGCUGGACGAGAGGAUGAUGCAGGUGGAGCUGGGCCCUAACGGCGUCCCCUCGCUCAGUGACCUCCUCACUAACAACGAAAUCCUGUCCUACAUCCACGACACUCUGGAGAGCGGCACAGAGGGAGACUCCGCUCAGCCGGACUCCCAGCCGCCACCUGCAGCUCCUCCCAUCAUGCAUCUAUCGCAGCAGAUGCAGCAGCACAUCAGUGCAGGCGGGGGGGGGACAGCAGCUCAGAUCCAGGGAGCAGCGGACAGCAAGACUUUGACUAACGGGCACUGGAACCACCAUCACCCACACACUGCGCCCAAAGCCCCGCCUCUAAACAGAGGACACAAACACCCGCCGGACCCCAGCCAGCAGUGGCAGCUCCAGCAGCCCGCGCUCCACCUCCACUUCCAGAAUCAGCUCCCAACAAUCGGGUCUUACAUCCCGAACGGACACUCGUCCUUCCCUCCCAGCGUGGAGGCGGGAUACAACGGCGUCUCCUCUGCGGACGUCUGUCACUACCAGAGUUUAGUGACUCAGCACAAGCACCAGCCGCCGUGUUUGUCCCAGUGUCCGCCGCAGAGCUCCACCCUGGAGCUGGAGCAGCUGCUGGGUUUAACCCCCCCGCAGCACGGCCUGCAGACGAUAGAGGCCUACAGCAUGUUCAGCAGCAGCACACAGGACUCCCCCCACAGCAAGCUGGAGAACGGUCGCCUCCUAGCCGCCACAAACGCAGCGUACAUCCGGACGUGUCUGAUGCCCAACGGAAACGGAGUGACGACCCACGACAUCCCCGACCCGCUGCCCACGCUGCAGGACCCUCAGAAAUCCGGAUUCUUCCUCUGAAGAGUCACUGAGGGUGUGAAGAAGGAAAGGAAGGUACACAAGCAAAGACAAUCCACACCUUUUUUAUUUAACAAUUAGAAGAGGGACGAAAAAGAGGCUUUAUAUCCGGUUUCUGCCUUCGAACCGAUAAGGCGAGGGAAGGUGUUUUUAUAUCCCUCACACUGCGUAUUAAUAUAUUGGUAGUCGUGCGAUCACUGAGAGUUUAAUUUUCAUGUUUGGAAAAGACGUGUGUUCCUGGAGCCAAAACUCAUCACCGUCUGAUCUGUAGAUACACUGGUAAAGUGCGGGAGAGACGAGUACGGCAGCAAGUUAGGGACAUUUUAAAUAAUAGUUAUAGGGGGGUGGUGUCAUAGUCUGAGAAAAAAUAAGUAUCUCUAAGAAUAAAGUCAUAUACAUGUCAAAAAAUAAUCUAAAUUUGGGAGAAUUAAGCUGAUAUUUUGUGAGAUUGAGUCACAAUUUAGAGCAAAAGAGUGUUGUUUAAAGGUUGAUCCAACCUUGAAAAGCUAUUUCCACAUGGUUUAUUACUUUAUAA